UGUAAACCUUUGGAUUUAAAUAAACCCCGCGACUGUGUUGAACUGAAAACAGAACACAAGAAUAGCGGUGUGUACACUAUAUACCCAGACAAUUCUACAGCUAUGACAGUCUAUUGUAACAUGGAUAAAUUCGACGGGGGUUGGACGGUAUUACAAAGACGACAGGAUAACACAAAUUUUUACAGAACAUGGGCAGAGUAUAAAAAAGGAUUUGGAAAUGUCGAAAAAAGCUUUUGGCUAGGAAAUGAUAAUAUACAUAUUUUGACUUCAAAUGGAAAGUAUGAGUUAAGGAUAGAUUUAGGUGACUGGACGGGAAACAAGUGGUAUGCCAUCUACAAAACAUUUGCAGUUGGAAAUGAAAUAAACAAGUAUAUUUUGACGGUUGGAGGAUAUAGUGGAAAUGCCAAAGAUUGUUUGACGUAUCAUAACGGAAUGAAGUUUACAACGAAAGACGUUGACAAGGAUAAGUCGUCCAUCAACUGUGCAAAUCAAGCUAAAGGAGGAUGGUGGUACCGCGCAUGUCAUCAAUCAAAUCUGAAUGGCAUAUACAAGAAAGGAAAAUCUCCUUACAAGAAUGUUGUCAGUUGGAAUUUGAUAAAAACUAACGUCUAUUCCAUGAAGUUUGCUCGCAUGAUGAUUAGACGUCUUUAAAACAUUUAAGUUGCCAAAUAUCUGAAAUGUCGAAUUCAGAAUCAAUCAAACUACUUUUAGCAUU